CGACAGCGGAUGUCAGGGGUGGAAAUCGGCGACAAAAAUCUCCCCUGUGCGGUUACUGGAAUAGUUAGCGAGUUAGCUAGCUAUAAUACCAUACGGCGGAUUUACAAAUAGUCAAAAUAGCAUUGCAUUUUUAAAUCCACAUGAAAAUAUCGUCUUUUAAAUGGGAGGCUAAUGGCUAUGAAUAUUGUUUUCGGUCUUGCUUGAAUCCCAUACAAGAAAAACAAGACCCUGUGGUUGCUAUGGAGAAGCUGCGGCUGUCAGGCCGGGGAAGGCCAGAGCCCCGGACUGGAGUUGUUGAGAGGAGCUUGUAGGGAGACAGUGGGGACUACCUACUAGAACGAAGAGCAGGGGAAAUGGGACUGUAGUGACACAUUGCCAGUGAGUAGACGACAAUGUUGGUGGUCUGAAAUAGAAAGAGAAAUCGUUCCUUCAAGAGAAAAUAAGUCCGUCGGCCCAAGGGGGAAAGGCUUGUUUUGACUACAUUUGUAAGGGAGUGAAGAGGAGAGAAAAAUGCCACCGAGACCGUCAUCGGGAGAACUGUGGGGCAUCCAUUUGAUGCCCCCGCGGAUUUUUGUUGACUGUCUUCUACCAAAUGGAAUGAUACUGACUCUGGAGUGCCUCCGUGAGGCCACGCUUAUCACCAUUAAACAUGAACUUUUCAAAGAAGCAAGGAAGUACCCUCUGCAUCACCUGCUACAAGAAGAGACCUCGUAUAUCUUUGUCAGUGUUACGCAGGAGGCGGAACGGGAGGAAUUCUACGAUGAAACAAGGAGACUUUGUGAUCUCAGGCUUUUCCAGCCCUUUCUUAAAGUCAUUGAACCUGUGGGGAACAGGGAAGAGAAAAUACUAAACCGGGAAAUUGGUUUUGCAAUUGGUAUGCCUGUGUGCGAGUUCGAUCUGGUCAAGGAUCCUGAAGUGCAGGACUUCAGAAGAAACAUCCUGAAUGUCUGUAAAGACUCUGUGGACCUCAGAGAUGCAAAUGGACCCCACAGUCGAGCAUUAUAUGUUUACCCACCCAACGUGGAGUCAUCACCUGAACUUCCAAAGCACAUCUACAGCAAACUUGACAAAGGUCAAAUAAUUGUGGUGAUCUGGGUUAUCGUCUCCCCUAACAAUGACAAACAGAAGUACACCCUCAAAAUCAACCACGACUGCGUCCCGGAGCAGGUGAUAGCGGAGGCUAUUCGGAAGAAGACCAGGAGCAUGCUGCUGUCCCCGGAGCAGCUAAAGAUGUGUGUGCAGGAGUACCAGGGCAAAUACAUUCUUAAAGUAUGCGGCUGCGACGAGUAUCUUCUGGAAAAGUACCCUCUGAGUCAGUACAAGUACGUGAGGAGUUGCAUCAUGCUGGGCCGCAUGCCAAACCUCAUGUUGAUGGCUAAGGAGAGUCUGUACUCUCAGCUGCCCAUGGACAACUUCACCAUGCCAUCCUAUGCGCGGCGCAUCUCCACUGCCACGCCGUACAUGAACGGUGAGGCCUCCACCAAGUCCUUAUGGACCAUCAAUGGCACUCUGAGGAUAAGGAUACUGUGUGCCACGUACGUCAAUGUAAACAUUCGGGACAUUGAUAAGAUAUAUGUGCGGACAGGCAUAUACCAUGGAGGGGAGCAGAUGUGUGACAAUGUGAACACACAGCGUGUGCCCUGCUCAAAUCCAAGGUGGAAUGAGUGGCUCAACUACGACAUGUACAUUCCUGAUAUCCCCCGUGCGGCUCGCCUCUGUCUGUCCAUCUGCUCAGUCAAGGGGAGGAAGGGGGCCAAAGAGGAGCACUGUCCACUGGCCUGGGGAAAUGUGAAUCUGUUUGACUACACCCACACCCUGGUCUCUGGGAAGAUGGCACUCAACCUGUGGCCUGUACCUCAUGGGCUGGAGGACCUGCUCAACCCCAUAGGGGUGACAGGCUCCAAUCCCAACAAGGAAACCCCAUGUUUGGAGCUGGAGUUUGAUUAUUUCAGCAGCCCAGUGAAGUUCCCAGACAUGGCAACAGUAGAGGACCAUGCUAAUUGGACCAUAUCCAGGGAGCUGGGCUUUAAUUACUGCCAUACUGGCCUGAGUAACAGACUGGCGCGAGACAACGCCCUGACAGACAGCGACAAUGAGCAGCUGCGUCUGGUGUGUAACAGAGACCCCCUUUCUGAGAUCACUGAGCAGGAGAAAGACUUCCUGUGGCGGCACAGACAUUAUUGUGUAAAUAUGCCAGAGAUUCUGCCCAAGAUUCUCCUUGCAGUGAAGUGGAACUCCAGAGAUGAAGUAGCACAGAUGUAUUGCCUUCUAAAGGACUGGCCAGCAAUAAAGCCAGAACAAGCCAUGGAGUUGCUGGAUUGCAACUACCCUGACCCAAUGAUCCGGGAUUUCGCUGUCCGGUGCCUUGAGAAGUAUUUGACAGAUGACAAACUCUCUCAGUAUCUCAUUCAGUUGGUCCAGGUCCUAAAGUAUGAGCAGUACCUUGACAACCCACUGGUGCGAUUUUUGCUGAAAAAGGCUUUAACUAACCAGAGGAUAGGACACUUCUUUUUUUGGCACUUAAAGUCUGAGAUGCACAACAAAACGGUCAGCCAGCGUUUUGGGCUGCUGCUGGAGUCGUACUGCCGGGCGUGUGGAAUGUACCUGAAGCACCUGAGCAGGCAGGUGGAGGCCAUGGAGAAGCUGAUCAACCUCACGGACAUCCUGAAGCAGGAGAAGAAAGAUGAGACGCAGAAGGUGCAAAUGAAGUUUCUUGUGGAGCAGAUGAGGAGGCCGGACUACAUGGAUGCCCUGCAGAACUUCACCUCUCCGCUCAACCCUGCACACCAGCUGGGGAACUUAAGGCUUGAAGAAUGCAGAAUCAUGUCUUCUGCCAAAAGGCCAUUGUGGCUUAAUUGGGAAAAUCCUGAUAUCAUGUCAGAGCUUCUCUUCCAGAACAAUGAGAUCAUUUUCAAGAAUGGAGAUGAUUUACGGCAAGACAUGCUGACUCUUCAGAUCAUUAGGAUCAUGGAAAACAUCUGGCAGAACCAGGGCCUUGACCUCAGAAUGCUUCCGUAUGGUUGUCUGUCGAUUGGUGACUGUGUGGGACUCAUUGAAGUGGUGAGGAACUCCCACACUAUCAUGCAAAUCCAGUGCAAAGGAGGCCUGAAGGGGGCGCUGCAGUUCAACAGCCACACGCUUCACCAGUGGCUCAAGGAUAAGAACAAGGGAGAGAUGUAUGAUCUAGCUAUUGAUUUGUUUACUCGGUCCUGCGCUGGGUACUGUGUGGCCACCUUCAUCCUGGGGAUUGGAGACAGACACAACAGUAACAUCAUGGUGAAGGAUGACGGGCAGCUGUUCCACAUUGAUUUUGGCCAUUUUCUUGAUCACAAGAAGAAGAAAUUUGGCUACAAACGGGAGAGAGUUCCGUUUGUUUUAACCCAAGAUUUCUUAAUUGUGAUAAGCAAAGGAACCCAGGAGUGCACUAAAACCCGAGAGUUUGAGCGGUUCCAGGAGAUGUGUUACAAGGCCUACCUGGCCAUCCGCCAGCAUGCCAACCUCUUCAUCAACCUCUUCUCCAUGAUGCUGGGUUCCGGCAUGCCCGAACUGCAGUCGUUUGAUGACAUUGCCUACAUUCGGAAGACCCUGGCGCUGGACAAGACGGAGCAGGAGGCACUGGACUAUUUUAUGAAGCAGAUGAACGACGCUCACCACGGUGGAUGGACGACAAAAAUGGACUGGAUCUUCCACACAAUCCGACAGCACGCUUUGAACUGAGGAAAGGAAACGCAAACCUCGCAAGCAGUGGGUGACAACACACUGACCUUGGAGCAC